ACGUCAUCGUAACCAACAGGAAUGGGAAGUGCAGCGAGCGCUGGUGAGUUUCUCUCUAAACCAAUAAAAUCACUGAAUUCAGUUGUGUCAAUUUUAACAGGGAAGAAGGAAACUGCGCUAGUAGAGAUGCACUGCAAGUAGUUUGAUGCUUGUCAAUUUAGAGAAGUAUCGGUCGAGGUUUGCUCCGUAAUCGCCGCAUUCUCAGCUAAAGUUAAUAAUUGGAAAUGGCUGGAAGUAAGUGUUGUUUUUUAAAAGUAUUCGUCUGCCUACUAACCACGAACAUGUUUGCUGGCUGCAUGCUUGUCAUUUUGUCAAAACAGCAACGAAUAUGAUGGGAUGUUUUAGGUAAUGGUAGUGUCUGUGUGGUGUUUGAUAUUAAAGAAACUUGUGUCAUUUAUAGUUAGCUAGUUAUUUUGGUGGGUAACCUAGGCCCAAAUAAUUUGUAUAGAGCAUGAAUAGUUUGCUAGCUAGCUAACUUACCUUGUACAGGUGCAAAUUCGUCUAAGUUAGCUAGCUUGGCUAGCCAAACGUGCCCCGUAUUAUUCGUGGUCACAGCACGGCUAGAUAUGUUGAGCCCUUUAAAUACGGGAUUGGGCUGAGGAUUUUGCUAAUAACAUUAUAGUGGAUGGUGUGUUGUGACUAUUUGUGUCUACAAAGUGGAGAAUGCUUUUCUGAGGGAGGUGCAAGUGCACAGUCUGUCAAUUGUAGCUAGCUAGCUAAUAUUACAUUGACCGUUUAUCUCUCUCCCUGCUCUUGUUGUGGGUCCCCUCUCUCCCUGACCCAAGAGAGACCUGCCAGUGGUGCCAUUGCACAACAAGGACCUGGUAUGAUUACUGUCGCUUACAGACAUAGUGAUGUAACUGUCUCGUCUUGCUUAUAGAAUCUUGUAGAUUUGGUGUAUUUCUAAGUGGGCUUAUUUUGUCUAUUCCACUUACAUAUAAUGUGACAGAAUAUCGACAUAUAGCAAUGUAUCUCGAUUUAGAAGAGGUGCUAAACAAGGACUUAGGUCUACACCAUUUCCGUGUAGGUAAGAUAAGAGUAAUAAUGUUUUUGAAGGUGGCACACAAUGUCUUGAUGAUUUCUUAUCAGCCAUAUGAGAAGAAAGGGUAGGCUUAUUCUUUACCAAAUUUGUAUAAUGCAGUACCGAACAAAUGGUGUCAUAUCUUUACCAUAUGAUUUGUGUUUAUGGUGGUUUUAUAGACUAUCUAGGCUGUGUUUAAGUGUCCUUUUAAAAUAAAGUGAUAUUUGUCUAGAAAACAUUUAGUGCUAAAACUGUUCUCCUGAAGGAAAAAAAAGACAAUUGCUGAAAGUAGAUCAACAUUUUCCAAAUAUCUGUUCCCCUAUGUCCAAUCUCACUGCCCAUAGAACACAAGGAGGUACAACUAAGAAUGUUUCAAUCUAUUGUUCUCUUUCACUUAUUGGUGCCUGCCACCUCUGUUUAUCCCAAGGCAUCGCUGUUUCUCUGAAUGUCUAGAAAGUUAAUUGUUUGAAAGCAGUGUUUAACUUGUUUUGUGUUUGAAAAGUGGUUGUGGCUGUUUGUACUCCAUUGGUAUGAAUCAUUGUGUCAGUCAGGGCCCAGAGCAGUGCUCUAGUCUAUUUGCAUAAUAGUGUUGAUAUUCUAAAAAUAGUUUUUACUUUAAGUCACUCAUUCAGUAGGCCUAUGCUAUUAAACUAGACUACAGGGGACUACACUGUAUUGUUCUUGUGUGAAUGUGUGCGUGUUCCUCCUACAAGUGUUAUCAUAAAUGUUAGGUCAAUCAAUCAUGUUCUUGAUAAUAACUUGUUUUUGACAUUUACCUUUGCCUAGGACAAAUGAGCUCCAUUCCCCUCUCUCGGUCCGAGGUGUUCGGGGAGCUGCGGAAGGAGCUUCAUGAGGAUGAGGAGUUCCGUCAGUCCGACGCUCACAUCUUCAUCAUCAUGGGAGCAUCGGUGAGGGAGGGAAGAUGGGAGAAGGGGGAGAAUGAGAGGCUACUUUGAUUAUUGAUGAAUGACCCUACACGUUUUAGACCGAUUAUCAGAAUAAGACCCUCAAUAUUUAUUGAAAAGGAGUAUCAAGCUCAUCAACUUGCACUUUCACCACCCUGCGAAGUUCAUCAUAACUUAUUUCAUCAGUAGCCUAAUAAACUGCAUGCUUUCCCGAUGAGUCUGUAGUGGGAGGACCACACAACAUGUCAUCGCGUGACUCCAAGUCUACUUCGAUAUGAUGGUUAUUAUAUCAAUGUUUGCGUAUAAAAGUGUUUCCACCAACAUUUCUCACAUAAUUCAUUUUACCGACACAAAAAGAUCCCACCUUGUCUAGCGUAUUUUGUUUUGUUGACAUUUGGAAAGUUUACCGAAAAAUGUUCUGUUUCCAUCAGGCUUGUCAUGACAUUUUUGUACUUUACUCGCAUAGAAAGGUAGGGUUGAAACCUGGUUAUUGAGGAAGGCACUGGAUUAGCCUAGCUAUAAAUGUAGGCUACCAAACUGCAGAAUCAUUGUUAUUUUUCAUACAGUUGUUAUACCUAUUUUAUAAACACUUGAUAAUAGAUUUUAGGUGGACAGAGAAGGGAACACAUGUUGUGAGAAAGGUAUGUUGUAAACUUAAAACAGAGAAGAGAGUGGUUGCACAUGACCAGUUUGAGGAAAUGUCAUUGAGAGGCCUUACACAGAGCUUGUGUAACUAAGCAGCCCCAGAAUCACUUGAGCUUUCUGUAGUCUGGUCUUGAUAUAGAGAACAUAUCAAGGUUCCUGAUUGUUGGUUAUGGUUUGGACACAGGCUGUUUGUUAGCCAAUAAUGGUCAGCGCAGACCGUUUGUUAGGCAAUCAUUUGGGCACGGACAGUUUGUUGGCCAAUCAUGGUGUAUGAACUGAACACUUGAUAAUAGAUUUUAGGUGGACAGAGAAGGGAACACUACUAGGAUGAUCAAUCCAGUGACUCAGUCCAGUCACUCUGAAGUUGCAUUUUCUUAUAGUAUUUUCUUCUCUAGAAAUGACACCCUCCUCUCUAGGCCUACAAUGUUUGUUUCCUGUUUCCUUGUUCUCCACUGGCUUGUAAGACCUGCCCAGUUAGUUGAUAAAGUGUGGGAGAAUAGCUCUGAUAUAUAAUUAUUCCGCCCACUUCUCUUCCAUCUACUUUCUCCUGCUCUAUUUACUUUUGGUUGAAAGGAGUGGCGCGAGAGCUGAAUAGUGCAAUGUCACUGUCUGUCAGCAGUUUCCUGCCAUAGCAAUAAAGAGGCAAGUCUGGAAUCAGGAUGGGGGAAGGGUAAUGGUAAGGCAGAGCCGUGGUUUUUGGGAAAAGUGAUUGUACUACAACAUAGGCUAUGCAUAGGCUACUGUAAAAUAUGCUUUGUUUGCAACGCUGCAGUAUGUCCUUGUCACUCCACAAGCACAAACCAAUCACCAGCUGGUGUUGCACGCACACAAAAACACACCGCAGGCAGGCACACACACACACACACCACCUCAUUCAACUUGGCCUCAUUACAGUCGCUGUGCCAAUGGAAGGGUUAGUACAUAUUGCACGCUUACCUUGGUACAAGGCACCAUACAGGCUUGCUGGAUGGGACUGUACUUAGCCUAACAGUAAUGUAAGAUUGUAGGCCAAAUAUUUGUCUGUUGAUACAUGACACAGGCACAAUUAUUGAAGGUAAUCUCUAUUUUCACUUCACUGAAGGCAUGAAAGAACAGCCUAGUUUUUCUCUCCAUGACUAUCUAAUAAGGCUUAUGUUUCAUCACGUGACUCCAAGUUUACUUCGAUAUGAUAGUUAUUAUAUCAAUAUUUUGCCCAUAAAGGUGUUUCCACCGCCAUUUCUUGCAUCAUUAACAAAGAAAGAUCCCACCAUGUCGAAUGAGAAAAAUUAUCUGUCUGCAUUUCUAAAAUUGUACGGAAACUUCCUCUUUCCAUCACAGCUGUCGUGAUAUUUUUCUAUACGGUAUGACUUAACUUGCAUAAAAACUGUGGCUGAAAAUGUUGUUAUUGAGAUGGUGUGUGUGAGAGUCUCCUUUUGUGAAAGGGAGAGAUGGGGAAAAUAGUGGGAUCUGUGUUCAUGCCUCUAUUCAUCAUUAACGAAAGAAUGAAGAGAGAGAUGUGCUUGUCGAGUCACCCUACAUUUGCAUUUUUCUCUCAGCUGAGGCGGGACAGUAGGCCAGCAUUUCAUAGCACAUCAGUUUAAAGGUGUAACUCAAUGAGUCAUUAAAGGCCCACUCAGCAAUGAUUCAGUAUUACAGAGCAAACCAACACAACUCACUGGAACAGGACACAGAUAAGCUCAAUAGUCAAUAAGGCCAUUCAAAUGAAUUAUUAUUUGAAUCAUUUCCUCAAGUGUGGUUCUCUGUAGCUCAAUUGGUAGAGCAUGGCGCUUGUAACGCCAGGGUAGUGGGUUCGAUCCCCAGGGACCACCCAUAUGUAAAAAUUUAUGCACACAUGACUGUAAGUCGCUUUGGAUAAAAGCGUCUGCUAAAUGGCAUAUUAUAUUAUAAGUGACAAACAUCAGAUGACCCAGCAUUCGCCAAAUAAUAUCACUGAGUGCUGCUGAAACUAGUGAGGAAUGCUUUGUUCGAUGUUUUUGUGUUCCUCAGUUAUUGUGCCUGUAAAGAUGUUUAACAGUGUAGCUCUGUCAUACUUCUAUCGUUUUUUGUAUAAUUAUCUGUGAUAUUUAAUCUCUGAUUUAGUCUAUACCAGCUUUCCUAAGGGUUAUUGCCCUCAGAAUAUACUUUGGCUUAGUACUCUGCCAGUUUCUUCCGGCUCUGUUGCUGCUGCUUCCUCUCUGUAGUUAGCAGUGCUCCCAGUUGGAAUACUGGUAUUGUGUAAAUCCUAAAUAGGCCGCUACAGCCUACUACUAACUGUCAACACUGCAACCAGCAGCGUUGUCAAGGAAGGAACCCUUAUUUAUAGCCUUGUUUACUGUAAUAGUAAUCGCCACACUGACAGACCUGAAUGAACUGUCUUGUAGUGCCACUAGGCUAUAUAGACUAUAGCACGUGGGCCUUUUUGUUUCAACUAACAUUUUAGAGGUGACUAAUCUGGUCUUGUGUUUACAAUGUUCCUAUAAUUCUCUUUAGGGGGAUCUAGCCAAAAAGAAAAUCUACCCGACUCUAUGGUGAGUAUAUGGAUCCCCUUUUAGUAUAUCACAGGGCAGUUGUUUGCACUGGAUUUAUGCAGUCCCCACCCCACACACACUUUUCCUAUUUGAGGUGUCAUGUAAUAAGUCUUGUCUAAUUAUGAGACUCCUUUCUCUAUUGUUCUCCCCCGUCUCACAGGUGGUUGUUUAGAGAUGGGCUACUUCCUGAACAGACUCACUUUGUGGGCUUUGCCCGCUCUGACUUGACGGUGGAUGCCAUCAAAACUGCCUGCAUGCCCUAUCUGAAGGUAAGACAUUCCCAUUAACACAUCAUCUAGCAUUACACAAUGACCCACAUUUGACUCACAGUUAAUGCAUGUGUUUGUGCAUGUGCUAAAACCAAUGACAUCAUAUGACAACAUUACUAUCUCUCUGUGGUCCCAGGUGGCAGACUCUGAGGCGGAGCGGUUGUCUGUGUUCUUCAGCCGUAACUCUUAUGUCAGUGGGAAGUAUGCGGAUGAGAGUACCUUCUCCAACCUCCACACCCACCUGUUGUCCCUGCCUGGUGGGGGCGAGGCUAACCGCCUCUUCUACCUUGCCCUGCCGCCCAGCAUCUACCACAAUGUCACCAAGAACAUUAAGCACCACUGCAUGAGCACCAAGUCAGUGAACCUGUUAUGGCUACUGUAGUUCUGACUGUCUUGCUGUUUAGUUUCCGACACCCUCUCCUCUUAAUCCUCCUCUGGUAUUGGUAGGGACUGGAACAGGCCUGGUCAUAUUUAAUCCACUUGCUGUAUAUGUAAUUGGUAUUGUCUGGGGAGGGUUGGUCAUUAGAUGAACGUUCCCCUCUUCCGCUGUUAAAUAACCAAACCAUGCUUAUCUGUGUGUGUUUAGUAGGGGCUGGAACAGGGUGAUUGUGGAGAAGCCGUUUGGUCGUGACCUGCAGAGCUCUGAGGAGCUGUCCACCCACCUCUCCUCCCUGUUCACUGAGGAUCAGAUCUACCGCAUAGACCACUACCUGGGCAAGGAGAUGGUGCAGAACCUAAUGGUCCUCAGGUACAGAGAUGUUAAAACCUAUGGUCCUCAGGUACAGAGAUGAUGUUAAAACCUCAUGGUCCUCAGGUACAGAGAUGAUGUUAAAACCUCAUGGUCCUCAGGUACAGAGAUGAUGUUAAAACCUCAUGGUCCUCAGGUACAGAGAUGAUGUUAAAACCUCAUGGUCCUUAGGUACAGAGAUGAUGUUAAAACCUCAUGGUCCUCAGGUACAGAGAUGAUGUUAAAACCUCAUGGUCCUCAGGUACAGAGAUGAUGUUAAAACCUCAUGGUCCUCAGGUACAGAGAUGAUGUUAACCUCAUGGUCCUUAGGUACAGAGAUGAUGUUAAAACCUCAUGGUCCUCAGGUACAGAGAUGAUGUUAAAACCUCAUGGUCCUCAGGUACAGAGAUGAUGUUAAAACCUCAUGGUCCUCAGGUACAGGACAAAUACAGUCUACACUCUUUUUCUGUCUUCUCUCUCUCUCAUUACUUAAAAUGAGAAAGAAGAACAUGAAUAAACCUUGUCACAGACAUUUGUCUCUCAGCUAUGUCUGUGUCAAUAAGGCGGAAGUUUAACAGUGGUAAAUGUUCCAGGUUUGGGAACCGGAUCUUUGGGCCCAUCUGGAACAGGGACAGCAUAGCAUGUGUGGUCCUCACCUUCAAAGAACCCUUCGGCACCCAGGGCCGAGGCGGCUACUUUGACGACUUUGGCAUCAUCCGGUGAGGGGAACUGGCUUAGUGCUCAAUGAAAUCAUACCUCAAUGAAGGCAUUUAUUCUUGCUAUGUUCUACUAGUCUGUCUGUAACUUCUCACCACCAAUUCCGUAUUGUCUUUAGUGAUGUCAUGCAGAACCACUUGCUCCAGAUGCUCUCUCUGGUUGCCAUGGAGAAGCCGGCCUCCACCAGCUCUGAUGAUGUCAGGGAUGAAAAGGUACAGUAACAUGGGCACAACCUGGCUAAAGCCCAAAACACGUCUUUACUUGACUUCACCAUUGGCUCCUCCAGAAAACGUCUGAUGUCAUCUUUAUUAGUUAAAAACCCCCAACAGAAUAAACAAUUAGUGUUCAAACCUAUCACUGCUUACUUACUCCCCCUGCAGGUGAAGGUGCUGAAGUGCAUCGCCCCCAUUACCAUGUCAGAUGUGGUGUUGGGGCAGUACGUGGGCGACCCAGAGGGAGAGGGGGACGCCAAGCUGGGUUACCUUGAUGACCCCACUGUCCCCAAAGGCUCCACCCAGGCCACCUUCGCCACAGCUGUGCUCUACGUGCACAAUGAGCGCUGGGAUGGUGCGAACCUCUGCUUUCUCUCUCCAUCACAUGGUGUUGCUUGUUGUGCUUUCACUGUCUGGUCAAACCAGCUCACUCCUCAGUGAUAACUCUUAAAGGCCCAGUGCUGUCAAAAAUGUGAUUUUUCUGUGUUUUAUAUAUAUUUCCACACUGAGGUAAAAAAAAAACGGUGAAAUUGUGAAAGUUAUGAGAAUGCCCUUUUAGUGUAAGAGCUGUUUGAAAAGACAGCCUGAAAUUUCAGCCUGUUUUGGUGGGAGUGAGUUUUGGCCUUUCCAUGGUCACAUCACCAUGUGGUAAAUUAGUUCCAAAACUCUCUGCAAAUAACAGCACAUUUUCAGUUUUCCCCUCCCAACUCAAACCACUCUGACAGUCCUAGCAAAAUUCUUGCUUGAGAAAUUGCUAUUUUCUAAGAAGCACUUUUUUCUUUUUGACCAUUGUUUUCAAUUAAAAUCACAAUAAGGUACUUAAUUGUUACCCAUAAAUGAUUUGAUAUUGAGAUAAAAACGGUAGCAUUGGAUGCUUAAAUAGCUCUCUUUGUUCAUCCAAAGGUGUUCCCUUCAUCCUGCGUUGCGGCAAAGCCCUGAACGAGAGGAAAGCGGAGGUGCGGUUGCAGUUCACCGAUGUCCCGGGAGACAUCUUUGGAGCGCAGUGUCGUAGGAAUGAGCUGGUGGUGCGCGUGCAGCCCAACGAGGCCGUCUACGCCAAGAUGAUGAGCAAGAAACCAGGAGUGUACUUCCACCCCGAGGAGACGGAGCUGGACCUCACCUACAAGAGCAGAUACAAGGUGAGAUACUGAAUGAACACACACCCAAUCAUUCAUAGAAAACAGACACCCAUACACACUACCUCGCCAUACUCACAUUUUUGCUCCAAUUUCACUGUAAUCUUCUCUCCUCAGGAUGUGAAGUUGCCAGACGCCUACGAGCGUCUCAUCCUAGAUGUCUUCUGUGGCAGCCAGAUGCACUUUGUCAGAAGGUCAGUCUUUCUGUCUCAGACGUUGCCUUAAUGUUGGUGUUAUGCAAAUAAGACCAUGAACAUGCAUUAGUGUUGGGCAGUAUCCAGACUUUCAAUCUACUAUCGGCAUUUCGAAAUACCCCGGUACACGGUAUAUCGCCCAAGCCUCACAUGCAUUAUAAUUCUGUCCACUAGAUGGUGCCAUAGGGUUGCUUCCCCCAUUGGCUGCAUUACUGUGUGUGGGACUCUCCCUUGCAUUAUGUCUUCUCUUUUCACUCAGUGAUGAGCUGAGGGAAGCCUGGAGGAUCUUUACGCCUCUCCUUCAUCAGAUAGAGAACGAGAAGACUCCCCCCACACCCUACAAAUAUGGAAGGUAAGAUUUACCAUUAACAGUUUAACAACUAUCUCAAGUCAAUAGUCACAUUAUGCGAUAGUGUUAUUUUGUGAUGGAUUUGUUCCUUUCCUUCUUCCUAGCCGGGGUCCAAUGGAAGCAGACGAGCUCUCAAAGAGGGUCGGUUUCCGUUAUGAAGGAACAUACAAAUGGGUCAACCCCCACCGACUGUGAGAGAGGAUGACAAGAGGGAGGAGGAGAGGAAGAACAGGGAUGGGUAGAGGAAGGGGGAAGUGUGGGGUAAAUGAGCAGUGUC